UGUCGCAGUGCGCACAGGCGGAGAGCGAGCACCGCCUAGAGCAGGGGCGGAAGCCCAGCGGGCUUUGCACGCGCCCCCGCCUGGGGCUAUAAAAGCCGCGCCCCCUGCUGCCAACCGUCAAGCAGUGCGUCCAGUUGCCAGGAGAAGCCAAUUCCGUGUCUCCAGUGGCUGCCAGCCUCGACAUGGACCCGGAGAGCUGCCCCUGUCCUACUGGUGGCUCCUGCACCUGCGCCGACUCCUGCAAGUGCGAGGGCUGCAAAUGCACCGACUGCAAGAAGAGCUGCUGUUCCUGCUGCCCUGCGGAAUGUGAGAAGUGUGCCAAGGACUGUGUGUGCAAAGAUGGGGAGGGGGCCAAGGCGGAGGCGGAGAAGUGCAGCUGCUGCCACUGAGGAUGUGGCCCUCUGUGGGGAGCCUGUGUAAAUAAGCUGGUGGCCCAGGGCCACCUCUGCCUUUGGUGGGGUGUGGCUUUGCCCUCCCACUGCCUGCUGAUGAGUGACAAUAAAUUCC